AUGUUCGCCAGCAAGCGUUUGGGCAAGAUGAAAGAGCACACCCCACCGGGAAUCUCAAUCGCCAAGUCAGACAACCUGGAGGAAUGGCAAAUGGACAUUAAAGUCCUAGAUAACAACCCUCUGUACAAGGACCAGACAUAUCGGUUGAAAUUCUCCUUCAGCAACAAAUAUCCAAUCGAACCCCCCGAAGUCCAGUUCAUCGAGUUGCCAGUUUCCUCCGAUACACCGCGACCCAUUCCGAUGCAUCCACAUAUCUAUAGCAACGGCAUCAUCUGCCUGGACCUUCUCAGCUCUUCCGGCUGGUCCCCGGUGCAGACUUGCGAGAGCGUCUGUAUGAGUAUUCAGAGCAUGUUGACAGCCAACUCGCGGAACGAGCGACCUCCCGGUGACAGUGAAUUCGUCGCAUAUAAUCGCCGCCGUAUUAGAGAUAUCCCCUUUGUUUACGAGGACGACAACGUAUGA